AGCACUCAGGUUUGUGGAGUUGUGGCAUGUGGUUGUCGUAGCUUUCAUGUCCGUGUGGACACGGGCGUGUGAGCACCUCAUGUUGACUAUCACAAAAAAAGGAAAUGGCUGGUCUUUGAUCAACUGAUGUUUAUCAAGGAGUAGUAGAGGCAGGAACAUUGCAUUACUCUAGACCAGUCCAGUAGGACAAGGCAAGUACUUCAUUGGUCCGUUUGGCUUGUCAUUACUUUAGGCCAGUCCAGUAGGACAAGGCAAGUACUUCAUUGGUCAGUGUGGCUUGUCAUUACUUUAGGCCAGUCCAGUAGGACAAGGCAAGUACUUCAUUGGUCAUUGUGGCUUGUCAUUACUUUAGGCCAGUCCAGUAGGACAAGGCAAGUACUUCAUUGGUCAGUGUGGCUUGUCAUUACUUUAAGCCAGUCCAGUAGAACAAGGCAAGUACUUCAUUGGUCAGUGUGGCUUUUCAUUACUUUAGGCCAGUCCCGUAGAACAAGGCAAGUACUUCAUUGGUCAGUGUGGCUUGUCAUUACUUUAGGCCAGUCCAGUAGAACAAGGCAAGUACUUCAUUGGUCAGUGUGGUUUGUCAUUACUUUAAGCCCGUCCAGUAGAACAAGGCCAGUACUUCAUUGGUCAGUUAGGCUUGUCAUUACUCUAGACCAGUCCAGUAGGACAAGGCAAGUACUUCAUUGGUCAGUUUGGCUUGUCAUUACUUUAGGCCAGUCCAGUAGGACAAGGCAAGUACUUCAUUGGUCAGUGUGGCUUGUCAUUACUUUAGGCCAGUCCAGUAGGACAAGGCAAGUACUUCAUUGGUCAUUGUGGCUUGUCAUUACUUUAGGCCAGUCCAGUAGAACAAGGCAAGUACUUCAUUGGUCAGUGUGGUUUGUCAUUACUUUAAGCCCGUCCAGUAGAACAAGGCCAGUACUUCAUUGGUCAGUUAGGCUUGUCAUUACUUUAGGCCAGUCCAGUAGGACAAGGCAAGUACUUCGUUGGUCAGUUAGGCUUGUCAUUACUUUAGGCCAGUCCAGUAGAACAAGCUACAAUAAGAUUACUGGUAACUUGUAAUCGCUCUUAUUUCAACUGCCUUCCGUGAAAGGAAUCAAACAACACUGAAUACAAUUCGUCACGAGAGUACAGUGGGCAAAGAGAUACUGACAAGUGGAGAUAUUGGUAGUCCUUUUGGUUUGAAUGCAGAAUUCAACACUAUUCGACGUGCAAAGUAUAAGCAUUUUUUUUUAAAUAGAAGAUCAACCUGACUUUGUAGGCGAAGAGUUACACACUAGAGUUGUGCUUUUUUGUUGUUGUUGCUGUUUGUCCUUCCUACGCAAAGAGUAGUAGCAAUGACGUGUGCUGUAUUUUGUUUAAAAUGAGGGAGAGUUGCACAGUUCGCCAGCCUCUCACUCUCUCACAGGUGCCCAUUUGCCCCAACGACAAGACCAAGUCAAGACGACUGAAAAAAAUAGACCACGAUGCCGUAGAUGACCGGAGAUAUUUUGUGUGUGUUACACCGUGCAGCGUGCGAUCUACGCCGCAGGAGUUGUCGGAAUUUUCACUAUGUCGAUCGAGUUUAACUUUCACUUAGAUGCGUUGCCAUCCAAUGCAUUUUCUGGGGAUCUAACCCCGUUCCCCUAGCUUGGGACCGACUUAGUUUUAGACCGCCAGGCCACCCAGCACGGGAGACUUUUGAACACAGCGAUGAACAAAUCAAAAAUGCUGAGGAUCUGAGAUACCAACCUUGCGUUUUCUGGGGAUCUAAUCACAUUCCAAUAGCUUGGGACCGACUUAGUUUUAGACGACCAGGCCGGCCAGCACAAGAGAGUUUUGAACACAGCGAUGAACAAAUCAAAAAUGCUGAGGAUCUGAGAUACCAGCCUUGCGUUUUCUGGGGAUCUAACUCCAUUCCCACAAGCUCUGGACAGACUUAGUUAACACCACUAGGCCACCCAGUACAAGAGAGUUUUGAACACAGCGAUGAACAAAUAAAAAAUGUUUAGGAUCUGAGAUACCAGCCUUGCAUUUUCUGGAGAUCUAACCCAUUCCCCUAGUUUGGGACCGACUUAGUUUUAGACGACCAGGCCGGCCAGCACAGGAGACUUUUGACCACAGCGAUGAACAAAUAAAAAAUGCUGAGGAUCUGAGAUACCAGCCUUGCUCCGAGGGCCAUGUGGGAUCUCACGACGUCACUGCAGAUGCAACAUUUUAUCGUGCUGCUCUCCAACAGUCUUAAUCCUUGAUUGUUUCUCCCUUGCUGUUUUCUUCGCCUAGGUAUGUGUUUUUCUCUUACACCUUGAAAUUCCCAAGGCGAGUUUUUUUUAAAAUCCUAAAUUUUAAAAAAAAAAUGAAAAUUAAUCAAUUUAUUUACAAUUUUCAGGGAUUUUACAUUCAGCAAUGCCAUCCCCAAGAAACUUGAUCCUUCUGUGCGCCGCCCUGGCAGUUUUCAUACCCACCAGCAACGCCCAUAGACAUAAUCAAAACCACCAUAAUGAUUGGCAUAACCACCAUGACGACAGGCAUAACCACCAUGAGCCCAGUUACAACAACCGGCCCUUCACCACGCCCCUGUACUGUGACGGUACCCCCGUCUACACGUGGAGCAGAACCCUGGCCGCGACGUCAUCCUACCAGGCGUGUCCACAGACCUUCUGCUAUGAUUACUACACCAGGAACAGCUGCUGCAUGACCUACUUCUCCGGAGGUGAGCUAAUCCCCAACCCUUUUGUCAGACGUCGACUCUAAGGUUACCUGUUGAUUUAUCUCUCAGUUUGCUUCUGGUGUGUCCUGCUUCCUUUUCGAAACCAACGACCCCCGCCCUAACUCCACACGUUUUAUAUCAAUAGUACUGAGUGAAGAAGAGGCUGCCAUGCGUGACAUUGGACUCGUUAACCUUGGAUGGAAACUCUGAAAUCAAACCCGGAGAUGGAGUCCCGAAAGGCGGAUAACAUUGAUACAAUGAAACAUUCCGACAACUCCUGCGACGUCACUGGUGCCAAGAUGUAUCAUCCAAAUGAUGUUCCCUUGGGUUAUCCAGUGGCGUGGAGAAAGGCGAUUUGCUGUUGGGAACCAGCUUAUAAUCCAUGAAGAAUAAUCCCAGGCCAUGUGGAUUUCGUCCUCCGAAGCCCACUCCAUCGUCACAUUAUACAUGCAAAAUAUAUAUAUACAUGAAUAUGAGAUACCUUCCAUUCUUACAUAAAAUGUCCAGUCGUGGUCAUUGGCGGACGGACGAAAAAAUUAAUCGGAGUAGACCAGAAAACGCUGAGGGUAACAUCCUGACGUUUCUUUCCAUUGUAUCUGCAAAUGGAUUAAGUUAUGGCUUAAGUUUGUGCAACAUUAAAUAUCAAAGGGAGUGUAUAACAUAGAAAUGAAUUUAUACUUUUUUUAAAAAAAAAUUGCUUCCCUUGAUAUUUCAAAAGUUGCAAAAAGAGCAGUUAUAGACAAUUAAAUUUUUUUUUUUUUUUUUUACAAAUUAAUUUUAAAAUGGUUGAGUGAACUAAAUACGGAUACACGUCAUUCUGACAUCAAAGCUUUAAGAAAUAACACGUUAAAAAGUUAUGUGAUUCAUACAAAUUAGCUAGCGCCAGGAGUUUUUUUUCUUUAAAAGAAAUCAUAAAAAUGACAUAAUCUAUGACAAUGCAAUGACUAAUAGCUGUUUUACUUUGGACACCAUUGGCGCCACAAACAUUUUAAAUGUCUUUGUUCAAUAUUUGGAUUUUUUUUUUUUUUUUUUUUUUAAACGUUUUGGUUUUAGUUUUCAAAAAAAUUUUAGUCUCCCUUCCCAUGGUAAAGGAAUUGUGUUUUUGCACAUUAUUGAGAAAAUAAUUUUUAAUGUUUUUUUUUAUUUUUUUGAUUUUUUUUUUUUUUUUUUUUUUGAAACGUCUUGGUUUUAGAUUUCAACAAAAUUUUAGUCUCCCUUCCAAUGGUAAAGGAAUCGUGUUAUUGCACAUUAUUGAGAAAAUAGACUAAGAGGAGCAUUACACAUUGGAAAUGAAAAUAAGUCUAUUAGGAUUUUUUUGUCUAGAAUAUAGAAUAGCAAAGCUUACUUGUUGGAUAUCUGGAGUUAAGAUUCGACCAAAGUUUGAAAUAACAUAUGCGUUGAAACAUAGAUUAUGUGAGGUGGGUCCAGACAACCAGGCAGAUAAACUGACUCUCGAGUGAAACGAAGAUCAAGGUCUAUAGCGCAGCAGUCGUCUCGACAUUGCGCCACGGAUGGGAAUCGUGGAGAACUUACCAGCGUUACCCCAAGAGUCUAAACGACUUUCACGCAAACUGCCUCAGAAAACGCCUCGGCGACAGAUGGCAAGACAAAGUGCCUGGCACAGAGGUCCUCGCUGGAGCGAGCCUACCUAGCAUCUUCACCACCCUGAUGCAGUCUCAACUCCGUUGGACGGGAAAUGUAGCCUGUAUGGAUGACAACCGACUCCAUAAUCAGCUAAACUCCGGUGAACUCACGAUAGGCAAGCGCUCCCAAGGAGGUCAAAGAAAGCAAUACAAAGACACUCUUAAAGCAGCACUAAAGGCCUUCGGCAUCAACCCUACUUAAUGGGUGUAGACAGCCCAGGACAUAGCCAGGCGGAGAGCAGCAGAAAAGAAGGGGGCUCAAUCUCAGGAAGCCAGAAAGAUAGUAAAAGAUGAGUGUUGUGAUCUAGAUUGUUGUGAAUAUUUGGCGGGUGGAGUUGUUGAUCGUGAAUUUGUGUGUGAUUUGUUGAUCGUGAGGUCAGAGGGUGAAGUUGGUUCGUGGUGUUGAGCUUUAGUGUAUGCUGAAUGUUUGUGUUGUGAUAUAAAAGGGCAGUGCGUUAGUUAGUCGAGAGAUAAGCCGAUGAGUCGGAGUUAGAAAGCCGAGAGCUAGAGGUUAGAGAAACGAGAUCGUUGAGAGUUGCGAGAGUCCAGAGUAGAUCGUUAGAGUAGUCAAGAGUCGAGUAGAGAGAGAUAGUAUGUUUGUCGGAUUCGCUGUGGUUACGUUCGCCUGAGGAUACUGUGUUCCUGCGAGAUGUAUUUGUGUAACAAGUGGAUGUCUUAGCACAUGGAAAUAAAUACAGAAUUUACGAUGGCCUAUUCAGUGUUUGAGUUACUUGACCAAGAGAGAGACAAGAAUUAGUCAAACAGGUCUGACAUUAGGUAGUCGCCAUCGGAGGUAGUGAACAACGAAAGGAGGCCGUAACACUGAGACGCGCAGGCUAGCCCGAGAACGCAACCUUGGACCACUGACUGCAACAACUAUCCCCUGCCCGCGGUGCCCGGGACGAUUCCGAGCACGGAUCGGACUAGCAAGCCACCUAAAAAAUCACCGUGACCCAUCCCACCCCUACCCGAAUGACUGAAUGGUCCUUGUCGAGUAUGACGGAUGAACAACAACAACGCACCAAACCAUUAUAAAACAUGUAGUUUAGGUCAGUGGUUUCCCUUUUUUUUGUUAUGGUCCGUCGAACAACUUCCAAGCCUAUUAUCAUUCUAAGAAAUCUCAUACUCUCUAACACUUCUUCAUUCUACAAAACUCUCAAAACCAUCAAUCUACCUUUAUGCCAUGUAACACCUUUAACCUUUUAAUGCCGUAUUUCCUCACCAGCUGACGGACUCCGCUACCAACAAUGUCGAUGUGGCACUGCGGUCCUGUGUCCGCAACAGAACGUAAACACACCUCCCACCACAGCGGCAACAACAACUACACCAGCCACCACCACAACCACGCCUACAACCACACCAACUUCUACAACAACAACAACAACCACGCCAACCACGACAACAGCUACAACCACGCCAACCACCGCAACAGCUACCCCAACAACCACAGCCAUUUCUACAACGACAGCGAUCACAACUCCUACUACUACAGCUCCACCAUCACGUGAGUACUUUACGGCAUCGGCUAAAUUACUCAAAGAAUUUGCUAUUAUUGGGAAAAAAAACAUGUGGAAAAAAACCAUGUGAUCAUAAAAUUGCGUCUUAAAAGUACGAACCAAGGGCAAGUAAAUCUAACCAAGGGCAAGUAAAUCCCUUGCUUUGUAAAAGGUAAUCCCAUUACCCUAAAAACUCCACCCCCCCCCCACUCACCCACCGAGACGUUGAACAUCUCCAAUUGUGUACGGUGGGUAAUGCCAGUCAAAGUAACUGUGGGUUAUGUCAUGCAGUCAAGGUAACUGUGGGGGGUCAAGUCAGUCAAGGUAACUGCGGGUCAUGCCAGCCAAGGUAACUGUAAGUCUUGCCAGUCCAGGUAAUUGUGGGUCAUGUCAAGCACGGUAAGUGUGGGUCAUGUCAGCCAAGGUAACUGUGGGUCAUGCCAGUCAAGAUAAUUGUGGUUCAUGUCAGUCAAGGUAACUGUGGGCCAUGUCAUGCAGUCAAGGUAACUGUGGGUCGGUCAUGCCAGCCAUUGUAACUGUGGGUCAUGCUAUCCAUUGUAAUUGGGUCAUGUAAGCCACGUUAACAGUGGGUCAUGUGAGCCAUUGUAACUGUGGGUCGUGCCAGCCAUUGUAACUGUGGGUCACGCGAGCCAUUGUAACUUUGGGUCAUGUCAGCCUAGGUAACGGUGGGUCAUGUCAGACAUGGUAACUGUGGGUCAUGCGAGAAAUUGUAAUUGUGGGUCAUGUCAGCCAUUGUAAAUGUGGAUCAUCCAGCCAUUGUAACUGUGGGUCAUCCAGCCAUUGCAACUGUGGGUCAUGCAGCCAUUGUAACUGUGGAUCAUCCAGCCAUUGUAACCGUGGGUCAUCCAGCCAUUGCAACACACGAUUUAUUACGCAUUUUUGCGCCCGAGUCAGGUUUAUUGGAGAAAGGGCGUCAUGCAUCACGCAUCACUAAUGAAUCACUGAAGUAAUUUUAAAAACCCAAAAACGAGUCCCUGGAGUACACACUAUUUAAGGUUGAAGUGAGUUCGUUCUGCCAUGAAUCCGUGGAAGGUUCACUAAAGUCAUUCAAGAAGUAUACAAGUGCAAACAGAGAUUAAAGAGUGAAACAAAUUGAUUGCUGUUUAAAAAUAGCCCCACAAACCAAAAGGAAAGUGUUUCCAUUCAUUUGGAAAAACGACAAUUGUAAAAUAAGGUAGAAAGAAAAAAAAAACGUAAGGUAGAGAGAGCAGAGAGUUUUUUGUUUUUUUUAAGGGGGUGGGGGGGUUGUGUUGGUGGAUAACUCUAAUAUAAGUCUAAAAUAUACAUUUGUCAAGUUUCAACUUAAUUUGACAAUUUUGUGUUCUUCCAAAUUUUGACGUCGCCUUUCAAAUGAAAUAUUAACAUAUUUUCCAUAUUGCCUAUCCUAUCCUAUACUAUCCUAUCCUUCCUUCCUCCCUCUCUCAACCCCAUCCCCCUAAAACCCCCCUACAGUGUGCCAGCCGGCCUUUCGUCUCCUGAACGGCGCCCUCGUCGACAACGACUGCGCCUUUUCUGGCAUCUCCAACAUCACCAUCAACAACGGAGCAAGGGUGACGUGCAACGCCGUCCUCACCACGGCUACGGUCAACGGCAUCCUCCAGAAGACGUUCCUCACUUCCAGUUUCUGUAAGAACCUCAUCACCAAUGCACCCCCCGGCAUGUAAGUGGGAAUGAGGCAAUUUUUAAAAAAAAAGUCAUUUCAACGUCUUCUACGGUCGCGACACACACCGUUGAUCCGUUGUGUUAAAGACCGAAAAUGCGAGAUCCGUUGUGGUAAGUUUUAGAAAGGUGAAGUCAGUGGUGGUAAAGAUCAGAAACAGAAGGUGCGGGGUGAUAAAGAUCAGAAACGUGAGUUCUGUGGUGUUAAAGAUCAGAAACGUGAGUUCUGUGGUGUUAAAGAUCAGAAACGUGAGUUCUGUGGUGUUAAAGAACAGAAAUAUGAGGUUUGUGGUAAGGAUCAGAAAUGUGAGUUCUUUGGCGGUAAAGAACAGGAACGUGAGUUCUUUGGUGGUAAAGGUCAUAAUCGUGAGCUCUGUGGUGGUAAAGAUCAUAAACGGGAAUGCCUUGGCAGUAAAGAUCAGAAAUGUUAGUUCCGUGGUGUUAAAAAUCAGAAAUAUGAGGUCCGUUGUGGUAAAGAUCAUAAAUGUGAGUUCUUUGGCGGUAAAGAUCAUUAACGUGUGUUCUUUGGUGGUAAAGAUCAUAAACGUGUGGUAUGUGGUUGAAAAGAUCAGAGACGUGAGUUUUGUGGUGGUAAAGAUCAAAAACCUGAGUUCUGGGGUGGUAGAUAUCAGAAACGUGAGGUAUGUGGUUGUAAAGAUCAGAAAAGUGAGAUCUGUGGUGGUAAAUACAGCAAAUUGUGAUUUCUGUGUUUGUAAAGAUCGGAUAAGGGAGGCGUGUGUUGGUAAAGCCUCGUAGCUCCUGAGCCUCACGCGGUUAUUAGAGGACGCUUAAGUGAGAAAAAAACCCACAACAGGUACCCGUUAUGUGCCUCCACCAACGAUCAUCACUUCAAUUAAAUGAGAUAUGAAAUCAAUUGAAAGAUAUGAAGCCUUUGUCUGGCCGCUUUUAGAUUACACAUCUUCAGUCUGGGACCCAGAAAAGCAUCGACAUAAGAGAUCGACCGAAAAUGAUUUUCUGAUUUCGACCGAAACCUAGACCAGACUUGAAGUUUAAAAAAUGAUUUUCUGAUUUCGACCGAAACCUAGACCAGACUGGAAGUUAAAAAAUGAUUUUCUGAUUUCGACCGAAACCUAGACCAGACUGGAAGUUAAAAAAAUGAUUUUCGGCCGAAACCAAAAGCUUAACGAGACUUUCGGCCAAAACCGGAACCGAAAGAUUUGAAUAUUUCAAAACUCGUUUCCGCACACGUUCUGCGCACCGCGAAAAUUGACUUCACAACUUUUGUGGCAAAUUUUAUUUGUCUUUCAUUGAUUGAUUGAUUGAUUGGAUAUUUAUAUAGUCUUAAGUGACUCUCAUAUAAUUGACCCAAGGAAGUAAGCCUCCCAUCCCCAACCCCCCCCCCCAUUUCUUGGAGCAAUUGUAGCUAUAAUCGCGCUAACUACUUUUUUAGCCAACCAAAUUUGUUGUGACCUAAACCUCCCUAUUUACCAUCCAAAUUGAAUCGGGAUUAAUUUUGAAAUAGUCAAUUUAAAAUUGUUCCUUGAAUGUGAGCUAUUUUAGCGUGUCAUCACACACAAAUACACACACACACACACACUUACACACACAUUUAUGAGCUUGAUAAUGAUGAAUUUCAAUGAAUGUAUUAAGUGAAUAAGCCUAGGUGUCCCCAAUUAAAAAGAAUAAAAGAAAACUUGUAAAACAAUAAUAAGGGAAAUGUAACCAUUCCGUAAGAUUUUUUCUCACCGUAAUAUUUACCUUUGACUAUGAAAACAUAGCAAGAUAUCACUAAUCAAAAUGUAUGUCACAAACGAAUGAUUUGAAUCGAACUAGGGUUCCAAAAUUGAAAUAUACAUAUAUAGAUAUUAAAACAUAAAUAAUAAUAUAAACAUUGUCAUUCCCCCAGUUGUUUUUUCCACCCACAAAAAUAUUUAUCUUCAAUUGCUUUAUUGAAAUUUUAAUUUUUGGAAAUAUUUGAUAAGCAAGUCAUCUUGCAGCUGUGAACAGUAUUCCCUGAUAUAUUAUAGGAUGGCAGAAAGACGUCGAGCAAUAUUGCGUAUUGGAUUACCGGCCGACAGACAGGUUGACGAUCUCCCAUCUGGUAGAAGACCGAAGGCCUCGGUCAAUUUAUAAGGCCAAAAGUUUCAAUCAUUUUAAAACCGAAAAUAAAAAACCGAAACUUCACUUUUUCUGUUUCGGCCUAAACCGAAACCACGCCGAAAGUGAUCAAAACUGCAACUUUCGGCAUCGAAACCGAAGCUGUGAUGUCCGUGACAGUGUAUAUUAUGUCUGUGACAGUGUAUUUUAUGUCUGUGACGUUGUCUGUAAUGUCUGUGACAGUGUAUAUGUUGUGCCUGUGACAGUGUAUGUUGUGUCUGUGACAGUGUAUGUUAUGUUUGUGACAGAGUCUUUUAUGUCCAUGUCUGUGUCUGUAAAUAAAUAAUCCUUCAAUGUCAAAUUGCAACGGUGCGAGACAUCUUUAGAUUAUAAACAGUCUGUUGACAGCCUCAGAAAAUGUGUAAGCACAAUGACUGAAUUACAUGUUUUCCUCAAACAACCAAAGUAACACAUCUCUUGCCCAGAUACGCUCCUACAUUCUUUACAUAGUUCAGGGCCAACGGAUUUUUUAUUAUUAAAUUGCAUUAUUAAAGAAUGCUCUUGAAUGUUCUUCUGCAGAGUGGACAUCUCCAUCGGGUCUCAAAAUUACCCAAUUCAAGAGCCAAUCUUCACUAUGACCGACGGUGAGUCCACUAACAAUUCAUCGUGGGCAUGUUAAUGCACGCGUCUUUGGACAAAGAAAUGAUCUAAUCCAAUUCGAUUUUUAUAAAACUACUGAUAUUCAGUCUUUGGACAAAGAAAUGAUCUAAUCCAAUUCGAUUUUUAUAAAACUACGGAUAUUGACAUGAAAUUUGACGAAAAUAUGUGUGUGUACUGUCAACUGAGCUUCAGCAAAGACAGAGUCGCCAGAUGGGAAUUGCGAAAUUUGUGCGGAUGGGGGAGGUGGUUAAGAGAAAACUGGCCCUGGGGUGCCAACAUCAUGCGGUGACCAAAUCAUCUUAAGAUAGGAAGUUCAGAUUGUUUAAAUGAUGAAAGCCCCUUCAGUGAGCAAUGACAGAGCGCGCCAAAUCAUCUUUUGGCGUAUUGGCUCUGUGCUGCUCGUUUUAAAAUAUAUUUACGGCAACCGAUUUUAUGCCCUUGGGCUUUCUCACCGUGGGAGGGUAACUGUUUCACUGAAAAGGGUAACUGUUUCACUGGGGACGGUAACUGUUUCACUGGGGACGGUAACUGUUUCACUGGGGGAGGGUAACUGCUUCACUGGGGGAGGGUAACUGUUUCACUGGGGAGGGUUACUUUCACUGGAGGAGGGAAACUGUUUCACUGGGGAGGGUAACUGUUUCACUGAGGGAGGGUAACUGUUUCACUGAGGGAGGGUAACUGUUUCACUGGGGAGGGUAACUGUUUCACUGAGGGAGGGUAACUGUUUAACUGAGGGGGGGUAACUGCUUCACUGGAGGAGGGUAACUGUUUCACUGGAGGAGGGUAACUGUUUAACUGAGGGAGGGUAACUGUUUCACUGAGGGAGGGUAACUGUUUCACUGGGGAGGGUAACUGUUUCACUGGGGAGGGUAACUGUUUCACUGGGAGAGGGUAACUGUUUCACUGGGGAGGGUUACUUUCACUGGAGGAGGGAAACUGUUUCACUGGGGAGGGUAACUGUUUCACUGAGGGAGGGUAACUGUUACACUGAGGGAGGGUAACUGUUUCACUGGGGAGGGUAACUGUUUCACUGGGGAGGGUAACUGUUUCACUGAGGGAGGGUAACUGUUUAACUGGGGAGAGUAACUGUUUAACUGGGGAGAGUAACUGUUUAACUGGGGAGAGUAACUGUUUAACUGGGGAGAGUAACUGUUUAACUGGGGAGAGUACCUGUUUAACUCUGGUGGUAAAGACGGACAAAAUAUUAAUCUUUCAUUUUUAAAAAAUUUAAUUUAAUUUAAUCAAUUAAUCAAUUUAAAAAAAAUCAUUUAACACUUAAUCAAAACCCACGUAUUCGGAAAUCUAUCUUAUAAAAAAUUCAAUAAGCUGUUAUGAUCUUGUCCAUCCAUUUAAUUUACUCAAUUUAAUGCAAGCCCAGAUUUCAUCUAAUACUUCUAGUAAGAUAUCAUCCAGUCAUAUGAAGUCAUUCAUCCAGAUUGUCAUUUAUGGUGGCAUUUAUCAGACACAUUAAGCCUCUUGGUCCAUAUAAAAGAUUACACAACGAUAUACAAUUAACCCUUGUCCACCCUUAAGAAAAAUCUUCUGAUAAAACCGUUUGAAACUUUUAAUUGCUUUGGUAAUGUGGUAGGAAUUUAAAAAAGACAACAACAACAAAAAAAAACAAAAAAACAACCUCUUGCGUUCCUUUCGUUUUAAGCUUAUAGCUACCAACUUAACUAUUUGUUGUUUUUUGUUCACAUUUUUUUUUUACAUGCAGGACCGAAUGGCAACGCCUUCAUUACAGUCAACCCCAGGUACGCCAACCUACUGUCCUACCUGGGAACCUGUCAGAAAACCGCCUGCACGUAUAACAGGGCGACCAUGGGGUCGAAGGUGGACUUCAAUGACUGCAAACUGAUCAGCUGGGGAGCACAUGAUACCUGUGAGUGGUCAGCUGGGCAAACGCGUCAUCUCGGUCCGUCGUCAACCAAUCGUGUGGAGGCUGGGGUUAACGGGCCGGAAAGGAUAGGGUUCAUUUAGAGAAGUGGGUAUUGAAGGAAAGGGUUAAUUUAUUGAGUGGUUAAGCUGAGACAGAACUACCUUAGUUAUUGGCGUAUAACACGCCCCCCGCGUAAUAACACGCACCUCAAUUUAAGAAGGAAAUUUUAAGAAAAAAAACUAAACGUUAUAUUGUUGUAUAACAUGCACACAUCAUUUGCCCCCAAUUUUCAGGGAGAAAAAGUGCGUUUUAUACGCCAAUAAAUACGGUAAUUGAGUUCAGUUUCUAGUGAAGGAUUAUGUUGAUUUAGUAGGUCGUUGGGUAAAUAAGGGUUAAUUUGGUGAGUGGUUCGUGAAGAAGGCCUUAAUUUAACAGGUGUUCAAUCAUGAAAUUGGUUGUUCCAGGAGUUGCUUAGCUAAGCGAAUGGUUAAUUUAUUAGGGAAUGGUUAAUUCAGAGUAUCUUUGGUCAAAAUCAAUGUUAACUGGUUUGGGGGAUAGUAAUAGAAAGGGCGUUAAUUUAAUAAGUAGUUAGGGAAUGAAAGGGCGUUAAUUUCAUUAAGUUAGAAAAGGGAAGGGAGUUAGUUUAAUAAGUAGUUUUGGAAUGAAAGGGAGUUAAUUAAAUAGUUAGUUAGGGAACGAAAUGGAGUUAAUUUAAUAGUUACUUAGAGAGGGAAAGGGAGUUAAUUUGAUAGUUACUAAGAGAAGGAAAGGGUGUUAAUUAAAUAUGCAGUUAUAGAAGGAAAGGGAAUUAAUUUAAUGAAGUUAGGGAAGGACAGUGAGUUAAUUAAAUUGGUAUGUAGGAAAGGAAAGAGGGUUAAUUUAAGAGUUAGUUAGAGAAGAAUGGGAGUUAAUUUAAUGUGUAGUUAGGUAAGGAAAGGGAAUUAAUUUAAUAGGUGGUAAGGGAAGAAAAGGGAGUUAAUCAAAAAGGUGUUUAGUUAAGGAAACUAAGAUAAUUUAAUAUGGGCUUAAUGAAGGUACCGGAGUUAGUUUUGUAGGUGGAUAGUGAAAUGAAAUGAACCGGAGCCCCGGUUGACAAGUCUGUGGUUGCUUGUCGAUUAAGAGGCGUCGGCCACCGACACCCUUCGACGUUAUCCGGGGAACACAACCAGUGGGCGCGUCCUGCGUGGCCAGACAAGGGAAGUGCUCGGUACCUGCUACAAAUAAAACAGCACCUGCAGGGCUGCCAGCUGAGGCAAUUCACAGUUGGGCGUAAAGGCAGAGAAUAUGGUAGGGAUCAUGAUUAGAAGUUGCCGUUAAAUGAUAUGAGGCGAGAAGCGAAGGUGGUAGCCUGUAGCCGAUGAUUCCUACUAUGCAGCCCUGAGAGGCUGUUCUUAGGCAGCCGUUUCGUCCCCGCUACUUCGCAAAUUAGUCGGUGGAAACCCACUGGAGAAACCCUCUUAAAGAGCGCCCAACGCUUCCCCGGGAUGGGUGGGGGAAGAUAUUAGGACGUAAUUUUACCAUCCCAACUCCUGAGAAAUUCGAUCGUGUGCACUGUGUGCAAAAAACAGUGUCGGACCGACCGGGUGUCUUUGGGUUGGAGCGGCCCACAGCGGAGCUCGAUCGAGCGGACUCGGGUGGGGACUGUCCUGGCAAAGAGACAUCUCCAACGUGCCAAUUCGCAGCCCGAUAGAGGGCUUAAGGGGGGGGGGUGCUUUGGGGAGGGCAUAAAGAGCUUUCAGCUCGACGGCCCGCUGACGCCAUUUCUUAAUACGAAAUUUCAUUUGCAUGUGUAAUGAUCUGGCUUGUUUUGAUGCGAUCAAUUGAGACUUUAAUAUAAACUAAUCGCCCCAUGUCGAUGGUUUUGUUUUGUGACAGUGAAAAACCAAAGUGGCUUGUAUGAGACGUCAGUGGAGCAGAAUUUCGUGGGCUGCACCUCCUUACCAAAGGAAUUUGUCCCCGAGACCACCGUGUGCUUUACGACAACCAAUGGCCAAAAUGCCUUCUGCUUGGUAAAGUAUACAGAAGCUGUUAAGAAGAGUGGGUGUUUUGUUACGAAUGAGUUUGGUUCUGUGACAGAGGCGUCUAUCGGGUAGGGCAUUGUGAGGCUCUUGCCCCCCCCCCCCAAUCCCCUCCGCUGAGAUAAGGAAGUAGCACACUGUCAGAUCAAGGUCGGGGUAGCACGGUUUGUGAGGUGACUGUCAGGGAAGUAGCUUUAGUGGUAGCCUUCUUGUGUUGUCCAGAUAGAGGCUCGCGUGAGGUGUUACAUCACAUUAGUACUGCGCGUGUUUGGGAUCGGAGAGACGGGGCCAUUGUUUGGCGUGUUAGUUUAUUCAAGCUGUCUUUAGGCGAAAUUCGACACUCUAGUGGCCACAAAGCACAAGCCUCAUCAAUAGCCAACCUGAAAUAACCAAUCAGAUUCGGAACUCUUUCUGGUGGGCGGAACAUGAUACAUUCAUAGUAACUUCAGAUGACUCAGAGACUGCUGUUGCAUUUUAUACGGUGUAAAUUCAUUUACUUUAAAACAUCCCUUGUAUUUUAAACUGUACGCAUUUAUAAAUGUUUAAACAUCUGUUGUAUUUAUAUUGUUUACAUUUAUUUGUUUUAAGACUUCUGUUGUAUUGUACACUCUAUAAAUUUAUGUCCUUUAAUUUAUCAGGCGUAACAAGAGACGCAACGUUACAUCCCGUUACGUCCUGUUUCAUGCGAUUGCUGCUGUCAUUAGCAUUGGUUUGUGUUUUAGGGUGACAGUGGCGCGCCUCUGUACUGCCGAGCCCGCACUAACGGUGAGUGGAUCUUGAUGGGUGUGGCCGCGUAUCAGCCCACGUGUAACUCCAGCCCUGAAAUCAAGGUCAUCCCUUUCCCAGGAUAGGCAUCCCUGUCUACGUCAAAUAGGCGCCAGAGGACCGUGAACACAGAAACACUUAGCCCCAAAUAAUCUAGACAGAAAACUCUGCGUAUUUUAAUAAAACACGAGUCUGCCG